AUGCCUCACUUCAAGAAGAGGCUUCAGGGCAUGCGGGCCCAGGAGAGGGAGCAUGAUGACUUCACAGGCCAGCCUGGCCCUCGGCAGCGGACGCAGGACACCCCUAGGGAGCCAGCUGGCAGCACAGUCUUCGCCGCGUGGCCCAGCAGAGCUGGAAGGGAGCAGAGAAGUGCCUUUCGCAAACCAGCCAGGUGCCCACCAGGGAGACCUGGGUCAGCCUCCCCCUUCCCGGCAGGCAGACCUGCAGGUGCUCGCAGGGAGCUGUUGGGACCCAUCCCUCAGCUGGCAGACAUCCCUCGCUGGGCUAGACUUUCCAUCUCCAAGGCUUCGGUGAGUGACUCCUGGAACCUGCAGAUGCUGCCACAAAACGCUGCUCAUGGCAAUGCUGUCCUGGGCACCCCCGCACUGGGGGUAACUCAUGCCAUGCCCCAAAUACCCACAGCCUCAUCUUCCUUCUCCGUCUCCUGGGCCCUCUUGCCAUCCGUGUUCACUUCCCUGGGCCUGUCCACCCAGAACCGGUGCGCCAAGUGCAACCUCUCCUUUCGCCUGACCUCUGACCUUGUUUCUCAUAUGCGGUCCCACCACCGGAAGGAACAUGCAGGGCCUGACCUGCAUUCGGAGAAGCUGAGAGACGAAGCGGUCGCAUGCCCUCUCUGCCAUGAGUGCUUCCGGGAGCACCACCAUCUUUCCCGGCACAUGAUUUCUCACCGCUGA